UAACUUGAUAGUAUAUUUUGUGUUCAAGUUUUCAUUUUAUGAAGUUGUUUAAUUGUUUGAAUUUUUUAGUUGAUGACUGAAAAAUGGUUGAGAGGAGCGUACUAAAUACUUAAUUGAUGUUUUUGUUUAAUGUUGGAUGAAUUUUAUUUUUCUUAAUGUUUAAUUUGACAUGAGUAGUAAUGGAACUUGAUUAGUGAAUUAUUACUAAUUUUAGUUUAUCUUCUGAGAGAUUUAAAGGAAUAUUUAUUACUAAUAUUAGGCAUGUAUGGGAGAUCAAUUUUUGCAAAAUAAAUUCUCUAUUGUUAAAGCAAAUCAUUUUAAUAAACAUAAAUAAAGAGAGUACUUUCGUUUUAGUCAUGGCCUAACAGGCCCCGCCCUCGAAACCAUAUUUUUUCCUCAUUUCCAAACUCAACUUUUAUGUUGUUUUAAGCAAAGCAAAGGCCUAUUUAGCGAGUUUAGUGCCAGGUCUAAUCCGUGGUUGUGCCUAUCAGCCGAGGCCCCAAAACUUCGUCCAGAAGGAAACGGAAAUAAAACUUCUAAACUACAUCCUUUGCAGAUUAUGUUACACCAUGUGAACGGUGAACCCGGUACUCCACUCGCUGCCAUAGAAGCAUCACUUGGUUCCUUGCUUCAUUUCGGAAACCCUAAACCCUACCAACUCUCAACUUGUUAACCCUCAAAAGACCGGUACCAGAAGAGAAAACAAAGCGUAGGCAUGGCUAUUUCUGCUUCCAGGAGUGACAUUAACAGAAGAUUUAUGGCAACAAUGAAUAGUUGGCCUUCAGAUGAUGAUAGACUUAUCAAGUUUCGUCUUGUCAAAGUAAAGGGCAAAAGACAUUUUCCCAAACACUUUUUAGCAAGAUAUGGAAAAGAAUUUGGUAAUACAUGUUUUGCAAUUGAUCACUGUGACAACUGCUUGAAGAUUCAGUUAGUCGGUAAUCAUAUGAAUAGAGUUAUAGAAGAAGACACAUUUGAGACAAUUAGAGCCUUUUAUCAAGCAGAAAGAGAUGUAACAGUUAAGCUUUGGUAUGUAGGCUUUGGUCUCUUUUAUCUUUCCCUGUGGGAUAAGAUGAACUUUGAGUUAGCUUUGACCCAAAAUCCAAAUUUCUAUGUGAGAGACCAACUAACCUCUGACAAACUUGAUGAAAUUGAACUGAAUUUGAAUCUAAAGUACGUACAAAAGGAUGAACAACCUCAAGUGACCUCAAGUAGCGGUGAUUCACCUCAGUCAACAGAUGUUGAAGAAGUAGUAGGCCCUAACACGGCUGAUCCUGUCGAAAUCGACAAUCACAUGAGAGACAUAAUUUUUCACACUUACUCCAAAGAACUCCAGCCAAGUGACAUUGGAGCCAGCAGACUGUAUGUGCCAGUUGACUUCGCAGAAAUAUUGAAAACAUUCGGAGAUGCUGCCAUUUGGACAAUAAUAAGUCCCCCUUCGCCACAGGGGUCUACUUUUCUGUUCCAAGGCCAUCAAAAUCCUACUAAUCCUUUUGAUAUCAGGUUUGGACUCGGAUGGCAGGAUUUUUGCAAGGCACAUGUGCUGAAACCAAAAGAUCUUCUAGCCUUUAGGAUAGUCUGCAAACGUAAUUUGCGAAUGAUGGUAGACAUUCGAAGGUAUCCGAGAGAGUAGAACAUCCGCAAGUCUUGUGAGAAGAUACAUUUUUAUGAGCUGAAUCCUGAUAUAUGAUGUAUCUUUUGAGCUAGAGUUAUCAACUGAUGUAAAACAUCAUCUAAUAUGAUGAAUGAGAUAUUGAAUGAGAUAUUGUAUUAGGUUUUCCUUGCCUCUGCAGUUCAAUCUUCAUUUUAAAUUAGUAAUUGUCUUGUCUGAAUACUUUGUAGCAAGAGAAACAACUUCUUAAA